AUGUAUGCCGUCUUCUUUGUUCUUCCUCCACCUCUUACUCCCUGGCCUCUUGCUCCUCCUCCCGCUCCUUCACUCCCUCCUCUUCUCCCUCCUCCUCUUCUCCCUCCUCCUCUCCUUCCUCCUCUCCCUCCUCCUUCUCCUCCUCCUUCUCUCCCUCCUCCUCCUCUCUCUCCUCCUCUCCCUCCUCUCCCCGCUCCUCCUCUCCCUCCUCCUUCUCUCCCUCCUCCUCCUCUCUCUCCUCCUCUCCCUCCUCUUCUCCCUCCUCCUCCUCUCCCUCCUCUUCUCCCUCCUCCUUCUCUCCCUCCUCCUCCUUCUCUCCCUCCUCCUUCUCUCCCUCCUCCUCCUCUCCCUCCUCCUUCUCUCCCUCCUCCUCCUCUCUCUCCUCCUCUCCCUCCUCUUCUCCCUCCUCCUCCUCUCCCUCCUCUUCUCCCUCCUCCUUCUCUCCCUCCUCCUCCUUCUCUCCCUCCUCCUCCUUCUCUCCCUCCUCCUUCUCUCCCUCCUCCUCCUUCUCUCCCUCCUCCUUCUCUCCCUCCUCCUCCUCUCCCUCCUCCUUCUCUCCCUCCUCCUCCUCUCUCUCCUCCUCUCCCUCCUCUUCUCCCUCCUCCUCCUCUCCCUCCUCUUCCUCCUCCCCCUCCUCCUCCUCCCCCUCCUCCUCCUCUCUCUCCUCCUCUCCCUCCUCUCCCUCCUCCUCCUCUCCCUCCUCCUCCUCCUCUCCCUCCUCCUCCUCUCCCUCCUCCUCCUCCUCUCCCUCCUCCUCCUCUCCCUCCUCCUCCUUCUCUCCCUCCUCAUCCUCUCUCUCCUCCUCUCCCUCCUCUUCUCCCUCCUCCUCCUCUCCCUCCUCCUUCUCUCCCUCCUCCUUCUCUCCCUCCUCCUCCUCUCUCUCCUCCUCUCCCUCCUCUUCUCCCUCCUCCUCCUCUCCCUCCUCUUCUCCCUCCUCCUCCUCUCUCUCCUCCUCUCCCUCCUCCUCCUCUCCCUCCUCCUCUCUCUCCUCCUCUCCCUCCUCCUCCUCUCCCUCCUCCUCCUUCUCUCCCUCCUCCUCCUCUCUCUCCUCCUCUCCCUCCUCCUCCUCUCUCUCCUCCUCUCCCUCCUCCUCCUCUCUCUCCUCCUCUCCCUCCUCCUCCUCUCCCUCCUCCUCCUCUCCCUCCUCCUCCUUCUCUCCCUCCUCCUUCUCUCCCUCCUCCUCCUCCUCUCUCUCCUCCUCUCCCUCCUCCUCCUCUCCCUCCUCCUCCUCCUCUCUCUCCUCCUCUCCCUCCUCCUCCUCUCCCUCCUCCUCCUCCUCUCCCUCCUCCUUCUCUCCCUCCUCCUCCUCUCCCUCCUCCUUCUCUCUCUCCUCCUCUCCCUCCUCUUCUCCCUCCUCCUCCUCUCCCUCCUCCUCCUCCUCUCCCUCCUCCUCCUCUCCCUCCUCCUUCUCUCCCUCCUCCUUCUCUCCCUCCUCCUCCUCUCUCUCCUCCUCUCCCUCCUCCUUCUCUCCCUCCUCCUCCUCUCUCUCCUCCUCUCCCUCCUCCUCUCCCUCCUCCUCCUCUCUCUCCUCCUCUCCCUCCUCCUUCUCUCCCUCCUAUUGCAGGUCCCCUGCAGGAUGUGCUCAGCAGCUCUCAGCUGCCUGCUCUGCUGGGCCUCUGGACUGCGCUGUGCGCCUGCCUCUCUGUGUGCCAGUCUCUCCCUGUGCGUGGGCCUCUGCCGCACUCUGUAGUGUGA